AUGGUGAUACUGAUUAUACUCAGAGAGGGAAUCGAAGAAGAGAGAAAGGGUGGUUAUUGCAAUAUUUUUUUUUGGUUUCUCUGCACUUUCCCUUUCUCAAAGUAUAGUCCCUCUAUCAAACCAACUUUUUUCUUGCAUAACAAACACAAAACCCAACUCACACUAGGACAUCUAAAGAUUGGAAUUGUGGCUACUACAAGGAGACUCCCUUCAGAUUCCGGCGCUUUCUCAGACUGGUUGGCUUCAUCUUCCUCCUCCAGCCGCGUCGGCGCCGAAGAAUACCUCUCUCUUGGCUUCAAUGCCACCAUCCCCACCGCCGCCGCCGCCGGCGGAGGAAUGUGGUCCACCACCACCACUCGCCAAAUCAAUUACAGCCAGCUUCCCCCAGAAAUGGGCAUGGUGGGUCUCCGCGACCUCUUCGUCGUCGCCCCAGCUUCCUCUUUCCACCACCACCAUGAACCCACCAUUAUUUCCGAUCCCCACGGCGGCGCAGCCACCGCCCUCGGCGUCUUCCCUGUCCUAACAGCAUCGCCGUACAUCGACCAACAGCCGCAGCAUUCGAAUUUUCUGCAAAGCGGCGGCGGAAUUGGUGGUGGGUCGGUGGUGGCGACGUGUGAAGAGUGUGGAAACCAGUCGAAGAAAGAUUGUAGUCAUAAGAGGUGUAGGACUUGUUGUAAGAGUCGAGGUUUUGAUUGUGCCACGCAUGUUAAGAGCACUUGGAUUCCGGCUGUGCGCCGCCGUGAGCGCUACCACCUUACGGCGGCGACGGGGGGGCCUUGUGGGUCGACAUCAUCUGCGGCUAAGAAAGCUAGACUGGUUGCUGCUUCACAAACCACCACCACCACCACCACUACUUCGCACACAUCGGCUUCUAACAAUACUCCUCCGAGAAGCUUUGAUACUAGUUCUAGUCACAAAGGGGCAAGUUUUAAAGAGGGAUUACCAGGGAAAGUCCGAGCCCCAGCUGUGUUCAAGUGUGUUAGAGUCACCGCCGUGGAGGACGGCGGCGGUGGUGACAAUGAGUAUGCAUAUCAAGGUGUAGUAAAGAUUGGUGGACAUGUCUUCAAAGGCUUCCUAUAUGAUCACGGUGUUGAAGAAAGAAAUGGUUUCCCCAACAUGUCUCAGCUCAAUUUGGGCAGCGGUAACAGUGGUGGUGGUGGUGGUGGAGGUCCAAUUCUUAAUGCUAUGGACGCUUACAGUGGCUCUGGUGGCGGAUUGCUUGGAGUUUCAUGCUAUGGUAACCAAAUAAACUGAUUAUUGUUAGUACUUUUUCUUCUGGGUUUUAGACUAUAAUGACGACUUGGAAGGAAUUUCAAUAUUAGUCUAAUUUCUAUUAUUUGUCUACUAAAUUAUCAGUAGGGUUGCACUAAAUUUUCUUUGUAACACUGCAUGUUCAUUAAAUUAUGUGUGUUAAAUACACUAUUGGUCCUCCCAAGUACUCGGUACCGUGUUAUUUUGAUUUUUGAUAUUUAAAUUCUAUUUAUAUGGACCACA